AUGAGCUCUGAAGACCCGGCAGUUACUAAAUUUCGCGAAUACCUCCGCAUCCGGACAGAACAGCCAAAUCCGGAUUACGAUCGUUGUAUGAAAUUCCUAGCCGCUCUUGCUGACGAACUUCCGAUAAAACAUCUAAUUGAGCCCGAAAAAGGAUUCCCCUUCAUGGUGAUGACGAUCCCUGGACAAGAGCCCGAUUUGCCCGCAAUAAUGCUACAUUCACAUACAGAUGUCGUUCCGGUUUCUAAGGAACACUGGAAACACGAUCCGUUCGAAGCGGAAAAAGAGAAUGGAAAAAUUUAUGGCAGGGGAACGCAGGACAUGAAAUGUAAUGGAAUCCAGUAUUUCGAGGCUAUUCGGAGACUGUUCAAAAAUGGACUAACAAAUUUCAAGCGGACAAUUCAUAUCGUU